AUGGUCGAAAUCAUCGAAUUCUACAUUGCCAGCAACCCGCCUCUUCUACCCCAAGGCGUGUCUGAAGUGAUACGACGCGUCCAAGACGCCGAGGGUCUCCUAGAAAUACUGUACGAGCCGCAUGUGCCCUGGUUCAGGUGCGUGUCGCUGCCUGGUUACCAGCGGCACAUCACCACCGCGGUGCAGGACAACCUCUUCGCCAUUGCCGACGAGGACGUCGACACGCUCGACAUUGAGAACCAGGGGAACGGCGACUCCGAGUAUGUGGGCAGGGGAAGCAAGGCAUACACGUUUGCCGACGGCGACAUCUUCCCGGCGGACGUGGCCGAGACAAAAUUCAAGACCGCCUGGCGCCGCCUGGAAGAGCAACCAGGUGCAACUUUGCAGGACCUGCUGGACAGGGUGUCCCAAACCAUCGAGGAGUUUGAGUCCCUGACAAAAUGUACCAUAUUAUACAAUUCCCGACAAACAGCCGUGUACAUUGGCUCGAAUGAGAGCCCUGAUUUGGUCAACUGGACCAUUGAUCGAUUAGACGAUAUGAUGGAUCACUAUGAUGUACUUUCUAAUCUCCGCUCUAUUCGUGAGGCGCUCCCUGCUGCUGUCACUGAGCCAGUUCCAGUCAGCCGUGAUCCGUUGGACGACAUCCCCGCCCGCGUCAACGCGAGUCUGCCGGACUCCGUCGCGCCCUGGGCCGAUCCAUUCAAAAACGAGGAGAGCUUAAUUUAA